CCAAGAUCCCCUCACCCUCGGCUAUAAACGCUACCUCAACCCUAACCUCUUCCAGUUUCUCCUUCCCCUCGCAGCCGCCGCCUCCUCGGAUCGUCCCUGCCGGAGAGACGCCAGAGAGAGCGAGCAAACCCUAACCUCCGACGAUGGUGCUGCAGAACGACAUCGACCUCCUGAACCCGCCGGCGGAGCUCGAGAAGCUCAAGCACAAGAAGAAGCGCCUCGUCCAGUCCCCCAACUCCUUCUUCAUGGACGUUAAGUGCCAGGGCUGCUUCAACAUCACUACUGUGUUCAGCCACUCCCAGACUGUCGUGGUGUGCCCAGGCUGCCAAACAGUGCUCUGCCAGCCAACGGGUGGCAAGGCCAGGCUAACCGAGGGUUGCUCCUUCCGCCGCAAGGGCGACUAAACCUCCGAAGUCUAUCUGAAAAAGCAAGCCGUUGUUGAACUUUGAGUUUUUCCAGGGUGUUAGUCUGAAGAUUUUGCAAUGUCUGGCAAAUUGAACCCAUCUUUGGUAAUGUGAUAUCUAGCUUGAGUAGUAUUAUGAUGACCACUGUACUAUGUUCCGUUUGGGUUGUGAGAUCAGACUAGUAGUACCUGCCUGGCAAUAUGGUUGUCUUUGAUGAAUUGUUAUUCCUUCUGAUGUUGCUUGCCGUCCUUGGUAUAUGACUUUUGAAAUGUUUAUUGCUUGAA